GAGAUUUGUAUUGUAAUUUGUCAUAAUUUGUAUAUAAAAUUGAGAUUUUCAUUAGUUUCUGUUAGUUUCUAAGUUAUUGCGAAUUUUAAUCAGGUUCCAUAUGUAGUACACAAACGCACAUAAUUUUAUGUUAUAAAACAAUGUCCAAUAUUACACUCGUUUCUUAGAACAUAAAUUAAAACUAAAGGAGUACCUCCUAACUCGAUUUACAUAGAUUUUGAAUUUAUAACUAUCAUGUUGCUUUCCGCGAGUACUCUUAUUUAUAGGAAAGUUGGUAAAAAAUGUUUUCGUAUGAUAAAUGUGAGAUACAUGUGCAUUGGAAAUCGUGGACUUUUACAACAGACUGGCAAUGUUACUCACGCUAUGAAAAAUGUUAUCUUUCGACAUUUGAAAACCUCAACUUAUAUCUUGGAUAAAAGUGAAUCUGUUAAUGUGAAAAAAGUACCAGAAGCGGAAGACAAGUUAACUAAAGGUGUGAGAGAAAUUGUAGUUAAAACUGAAACUGAUGAAAAUAAAAUUGUUACAAAAGUCACUAUUGAAAAACCACAAAAAGCUACUUCAACGACCAAACAAAUUGCUCCUCAAGUCAAAAAAAGGCUAUUGAUUGAUUUUUCUGCAUCAUAUACUGAACGUAACUUUAUAACUCCGAUGCGUGCGAUGACUGAAUAUUUGUUAAAGCAAUCUGAUUUGGAAUCAUUACCAAAGGUCCUUCGAAGAUCACCAUAUGAAUCUGAACCACCUAUUACUGUACAUUAUCGUAAAGAUGUUGAAGCAAAAGCUAUUGAGGUGUGGGGUUCUAGAGAAGUAUUGGAGAAAGAAAUGUUGCGAAGAGAACUUGACAGAAGAAGAUAUGAACAAGAUGUUUUCACUGUUAAAAGACGAUUACGUAAUUAUAGAAGGGAAAUGAGUGACAAAAGAUUAAAACAAGGUGAGGAAUUAGGUUUGAAGACAAGAUCAGGACGAGUGGUACUUACUGCAAUAGGAAUUAAUGGGUGUAAUUUUCUGUUUAAACUCUGCGCUUGGUUCUACACAGGGUCACACAGUUUGUUCUCAGAGUGCAUACAUUCCCUCGCAGACACAGUCAAUCAACUAAUACUUGCUUAUGGAAUACAUAAAUCAGUCCAAAUAGCAGAUCCAGACCAUCCCUAUGGUUACACAAAUAUGAGAUAUGUUUCUUCUCUCAUCUCCGGAGUGGGAAUAUUCUGUGUGGGAAGUGGCUUGUCAUUUUAUCAUGGAGUUACUGGCAUAAUGGAUCCACAGCCACUUCAUGACUUUUUCUGGGCUUAUUUCGUUCUUGGUGGAGCUGUAGUAUCAGAAGGUGCAACACUGAUGGUUGCCCUAAGCGCGAUAAGAAAAGGCGCGAAAGAAGCCAACAUGUCUUUAAGGGAAUAUGGUAAGAAUAUUUUAAUACAUUUGUCUCUUAAGUUAGUUAAAAUGCAUUUGAUUUUCACUCAACAAAGUGAAAUCACAGGGAAGUUGAAUGUGUUGAACUCAUUUCUUUGCACAUUUCAUCUACGUUUUUGCGAUCGACCAGUUCGAAUAAUGAAAAUAUAUAAAUUAGGCAUUGCAAAUUAUUUCAGAUCCAUUCCACAGGAACAGUUAGAUGAAAUAAAUAGUGUACUAGAAAGAGAUUUUAUGAUCAGGGCUAUACAUGAUGUGAAAGGGAUAGACAUAGGAAGCAACUUGAUAAGAUAUAAAGCCGAAGUUGAUUUCGACGGUCGAGCUUUGACCCGAUCGUAUUUAGAGAAACACGAUUUAAAUUCAUUGUUAGAGGAUAUAAAGAAAAUCGAGACCAUAGACAACGUAGAAGCAUUCCUUCUGAAACACGGCGAGAAUAUUGUGGACAUGUUGGGCGGAGAGAUUGACAGGAUAGAGUUGAAAUUAAGGAAAAAGUUUCCACAAAUACGACAUUGCGAUUUGGAGAUUCUCUAAAGCAAAUGUGAUCUACGACCAAACUCCACUUUAUCGGUUUUUUAUUUAACUAACUUAUUUUUUAUUGUUGAGAUAUAAUUUGUAAGCCACCGUGUACACAAUUGUUAUUAUUUAAGUAUUACUAUGUGAAUUUUCACCUGUAACCAUAUAAAUAUAAAGGAUUAUUAUUCAUAUUUAUUAUUAAAUUCGAUUAUUUCUCUGUUAAACUGGUUACAUAAAGGCCUGUCCCACCACUUAAAAAUGACGUCACUGUCAAAUAUGUUAACAAAAUCCGGUAUUUCCAUCACAUAU